AACAGGAGCAAGGCCCUUUUCUGGCGGACAACAAUGACCCCGCGCGAAACUAGUUUUCCAUCCUGUCGCGCGGUUUUUUUUCCCACAUCCGAAUCAUCACGACGCGGAGGACCGCGCCUAGCAAUUUAAAAGGGCCCCGUCCGGACAGGUUCAUCGCAGCUGAUUGCGAUUUAGGGACCUUGGAUUCUUGGAAAUUGGGAUGAUGAAAUGCAUCAUCCCAUCAUCGGCCGGCAGCCUUGCAAACGAUGCACUCGUGUGCCACGAAGGAAUGUGUUCCGGCCUUGCGUUCCGAUUAAGAUCAAGGACUCCCCCCGAGAUGGACGGGUGGGUGUGUUUGCUGAAUCGCCAGCUCAUCUAUCGCCGUCCAUCGUCACCGGACAUCGGAUAAAGCGACGGAAACACGUGUUUUUGAAGUGGAAGCGAAGCUUCGUUCGCAAAACGGGCUGUAUGAUGAAAGUCGUCAGCGAGGAACAAACCAAGACCAAGACCAAGGCGUUGAUCGCGCCGUCGCGCCGCUCCGCGCCACGCGAUGGUAUAAGUGCAGUGUAUGUAUUAAUGCACUUUUUAGCAUUCAACGACGAAGGCACACGAAGUGCACACAGUGCAGUCGCCGCAAUGGAUGAUGGCUGUCUCAUUCUAACCGGAACGAGCGCAGAACCACACAUGCAGCCAGCUCGGGAGAAUGAAUCGUACAAGGCGAUGAUGACGACGACGACGACGAACGGCUCCGGUUGCACUUUUUACGGUUGCUUCGAUUGCUGGCGCGAGGGGUGGCCGCCGUCGAAGGAACUUCGAGGAAUUGCGAGAAAGAGCAAGUAUCAAUACGACGGUGGCAGAGUGCGAGGAAAAAACAAAAUGGUGGACAAAUUGUGGUCGGUUUCGCUGCAAGGAAUGUCACUGCCGGAAAGGAGCACCGAACACUGCAAUAUGCUGAAGCAAUUAAUGCGGAACCGUGACUCUAGGAUGAACCUCUUGGGAAAGUCAAACUUGCAACUCGGGUUGGCCUAAUCCAAUUAGAUUGCCUCGGAGUCGACACGCACACACAUUAUGAGCAGUCAGGUCUCGGGCUCCCCUUGGCAACAGAGAUCCAAAAAGUCACAAAUCUGUGGGGGGAAAUCAUAAGCUAG